UUCCUAUAAUAAUGGAGUGAACCCAACAGACCAAGAGCUCACUUACUUGUCAUUCCCCAUUCUGUGUUUCUGUUACAUUUCAUCAUCAUUAAUCCUAAAUGGCUCUCGAGGUUUCCGUGAAGGCUGCUGUCGGAGCUCCUAAUGUUCUCGGAGAUUGUCCAUUUUCCCAAAGGGUCCUCUUAACUUUGGAGGAGAAGAAAAUCCCACACAACAUCCACCUCAUUGAUCUCAGUAACAAACCCCAAUGGUUUUUGGAGGUGAAUCCUGAAGGGAAGGUACCGGUGGUUAAGUUUGAUGGAAAAUGGGUGCCUGAUUCUGAUGUUAUUGUGGGGAUACUCGAGGAAAAAUACCCAGAACCUCCUCUCGCCACUCCUCCUGAAUUUGCCUCCGUGGGAUCAAAGAUAUUUGGUUCUUUCGUGAGUUUUUUGAAGAGCAAGGAUCCCAGUGAUGGAACAGAACAAGCGUUGGUUGCUGAAUUGAAGGCUUUGGACGAACAUCUUAAGGCCCAUGGUCCGUAUGUUGCUGGGGAGAAGGUAACUGCUGUUGAUUUGAGUUUGGCACCAAAACUGUACCAUCUGGUGGUAGCACUUGACCACUUCAAGAAGUGGACUAUUCCUGAAAAUUUGGCACACGUGCACAAAUACGUUGAGUUGCUCUUCUCCCGGGAAUCAUUUGAGAAAACCAAGGCUGCAAAGGAGUAUGUUAUUGCAGGAUGGGCACCAAAAGUGAACGCAUGAAGUAGCUCUAAAUUAUGAGGUUUAUGAACAUCAGAUAUGUACUGUGACUGAACCAUGUUAAGAAUUGGAAGGUGAACGUAUCAUGUUGAAGUGGGUUGCUUCCCUUUAUAAUAAAUAUGUGGUUUGUUGGUGUGUUUA